GUUGCAUUUUUUGGCUACCGCGUCACUAUUAUCUUACGGAUGCUUUAUCUUAUUUUCUUGAAUAUACUCCUGUUUAUUGGUUGUUAUAUAGCUGGAUGCAUACCUAUAUCUUUUAAAAUACCUGUAGUGAGUUUUUGUGCUAACUGUUGUGCAAUUUGUUUUGUAUGUAAGAAGCACGUAAGUGAAUCUGCUUUAUGAACAAUCUUUAAUCAAUGAUUAAACGAUCCUGAAAGUACUUACACACUUCCUGAGGUUAAAAUAAAGCUAUGAAUCAGUGUGAAGAAUUAUUAAUAGGGUCUAGAGUAAAACGUGUCUGGGGGUCAGGGUUAGGCGAAAAUGCGACAAUUCAGCGGAUAUUAAGGCGAAAAUUCGGCGGAUAUUUAGGCGAUAAGUCGGUAAUUUGUCGACAAAACGGCGAAGAAGGGGAAAAUCCGCAUUAUUUCCCCCGGACUGGCGAAAAAGGCGACAUUCUGAUGCGUUUUCCCCUUUGUUCGCCUUUAUUUCCCCUUUUUGGGUUGCUUGGGUUAGGGUUUUCAUCAGGAUCUGGACGCGCGCUAUUUAUAAAGGACAAUGGUAUUUUUCCUCGCUAAGUACACCAUAUUGUUUUGAUCGUUCAUCACGUAUCAAGGAUACUGUUUACACUUUAGUCGAAUUUAUCAGUCAAGGUAUCCGAUUAGAGUAUUGUUUCUGUUUCUAAAGCAGUUUAUCGUCGGUACUUUUGAGUACAUUCUCUUCUAUUGUUUGUUAGUACUUUUGGUUCAAACAAUUUACAGUUUUCCCAUUUUUUUUUAACAUGGAUCAUUUUUAUCUUUGGGUGCUAUUGCAUCCAGUUCUUUUUUAAAAAAACCUCUGGUGACUGGACAGUGCGAAAAAUGCAAUUACCAACGUCUGGGUUGUCGAUUUCCCGUUGAAAUCGGCAUGCAGUGCGAUGAGUGCAAAGACUGGUACCACGAAGUUUGUACAACCUUAACGCCUGCGGCUUUUAGACGGUUCAGUAAAAACGGUUGCUUAUGGCUUUGUCGGCAGUGCUGUUCGGAUGCAAACAGCUUGAUAACCGAGACCAUCUCAAUGGUAAACGCUGCAAAAAAUGUGUUUUGGCAAGCGUAGUCGGGACACAUCGGACAACACUCGCUCUGUCGACACGCAAAUUAGUGUGAAGCAAACUCAAGUGAGUCCGGAAACUAAUAUCGACCAAAGGAGGAAAGAUAGUCUCCAAAGAGGUCUGUCUUAGCUAAACACUCAAGAAAAGAAGUUUCUCCUACCUUCCGUCUUCUAAAUGGUAUCCAGCAGGAAACGCCUAGAAGCCGCAUUCGCAAGGCUCAAUCAGUUUAUAGCGUGAAGCAUCCUGACUUCUCAAGUCGUCAACAACCCUACGGAAUCCCACAGUAUGUUUGACGUGACUGUGGUUGCUACACCAACCAACGUUGAAGAAUGGGUACAAGAAUCGACAUAAUGAUAUAAAAUGGAAUCGUGUCCACAUAAAAUUAGUCAAGAAAUUGAAGACUGAUCACAGUGACGAAUUAGUUAUUUCCCAUAGAAUCAAGGAAAGUGAAAAACUCGUUUUGAGCAUGACAUUGUGCUGAUAAAACAGCUAUUUAAACAACUUAUGCCUCAAAAUAUCUCCGGAGUCACCUUGAUAAAGGUAUAUAGACUAGGUAGUCUAGCGAACUUGAAGCCUAAUCAAUCCGAACUACUUAAAGUAGUAUUCAAAUCUAAUGAAUGUUAAUUAAUUUUGCAGAAUUGACGUAAAUUAAAGGGUUCAGGAGUUUUUCCCUUAAGGACUUUAAUGCAUCAAUGGUAGACUGGAAAAAUCUGAGAACUGAAUUGUCAGAUAAUUCAUUUGAGCAGGAACUAGUUGAUGAGGUUAUCACAUGUGCCCUAGUGCAACAUGUGAAAGAAGCGACUAGGUACGACCCGGACUCUGAAUCAUCCUUACUAGAUCUUAUAUUGACUCACUGUGAGAAUGAUGUUGCGAACCUCGAUUACAUGCCACCCCUAGGUAAAAGUGAUCAUGCAGCUCUAACUUUUGACUUGCAUAUAACUGUCAAUCACGAGCACGCGUCAGCUCAAUCCAGAUCUAACGUCUGGAAAGCAAACAUACAAGAUAUCAUGCACUCAGCAUCGUCAGUAGAUUGGACAAUAGAGCCAGAGUCCUCAAUUGAAACGGCUUGAGACACAUUUCGAGAUUUAUACUUAAAAGUUACCUCACCCCACAUCCCUUGAACUACAUCAAAGGGGCCGAGAAACUCUCCACUAUGGUUCAGUACGGAGAUCCGUGUCCUUCUCCGUAAGAGAAGAAAAAUGUGGGAUAGAUUUAGGUGCCAGGGAAGUCCUACUCACUGCCUUCUUGAGGCAUUACUGUUGUUUACGAAAUUGAGAGGACGAAAAGCGAAUGUCCGGCGCUUUAACCGGGUUGGCUGACACGUAGAGUCGACCUAGGGGAGUUGGAAAUCCCUGAUUCCAAACCAAUGGCGCACAUGGGCCCCAGCAUUCUGAGUGAACAAAUGGCGUAUGAACCAAUCGUUCGUCACCAGCUACCAUGGGACUGCAUCUCCUUACGAUGCCGCACUGCCUUGUGGAUCAGACCUUCAGGUCGAAGGCUCCGAGUGUGGCCCCCUAAGAAAACCACCUGUUUCGGUUUGGGUACCCGGGGAUUAUCUCAGCCCUCACACAUAUCGAAUGAGAUCUGUGUGUUGCAUAUAUAUUUGGUGCCUCCUUGUACCAAUAUCUGUGUGUUAAAAUAAAAAUAAAAAAUAAUAAUAUCAUCAUCGGUCUUGUUAUAUGCUGACGAUGUCAAGAUACGGAGAGCGACACGAAUUAAGGGUGAUAGCAUAGAACUCCUAAAUGACCUGAAGAAAUUAGCUGAAUGGUCUCAAACCUGGAAGUAAUGUGAUGCAUAUUGGUCAUCGAGGUAAAAAUAUAUACACGAUGAAUAACACUGAGCUACCUGUCGUCCAGACAUAUAAUGACUUAGGAGUCGUCGUUAGCCAAGACUUAAAGAGUACUGCACACUGCUGUGCAAUAGCCGCCAAAGGUUUUAGAACCUUAUGGUCAACACGUAGGGCUUUUAGUCAUUGUCGACGCUAAAACGUUUUUGACUUUGUAUACAGCGUUCGUACUUCCGAAAAUUGAGUACUGCAUACAGGUGGCUAGCCCCUGCUUAAAAAGGGACAAUGAGCUUUUGGAAAAGGUUCAGAGAGCAGCAACCAAGCUGAUUCCCGGAAUAGCGAAGCUUUCGUAUGAUGCUCGACUGGCCAAGCUAAACCUAUUCCCGUUGUCAUAUCGCGGAACUAGAUACGACUUGAUUACAGUUUUCAAAUUACUUAGUGCCUAAUUCGCACCUGAUAUGCCCUCAUUUUCCUUGUCUUCCAAAACAGAGAAUUUACGAGGACACUCCAAAAAAGUUCACAAGCCCAGGACAAAUUACUUGUCAGUUGACUAUCGACUUUCCCAUCGAAUCAUCAACGAGUGAAAUUCAUUACCUCAGCACAUGGUUGAGGCUCCAUCGGUCGACUCUCUCAAAAGAAAGUUGGAUCAACUGAGAGACCACCAUUGCCAGGACUAACAUAGGCCAUUAAGCCUACUGUCAUCUCCAAACUGAAACUGAUCUAACAUCAGCCAUGAUGCCAAAAUGCUUUUUAACCAUAGGGGUGGAUGAAUUUCACGCCAUAGCUCGAGAUUUACUGAUGUAACUCUGAUCAUCCUGAUCUAGAAUGAAUCAGGUUAAGCGUCUCUAGUACUACCUUUCCGCUCAUCCGUACAAAAGGAACGCCCUUUCUGUUAAUCAGAGUUUAAGACAGAGUGAGCGAUUGGCACGAUCUCUACUUAACUGCCUGUGUUAGCUCAUAAAUAUGGUUCACCAAUUCCAGGGCAUCACAAAGAGGUGCGUGUCGGUCUUCGUUCUGACACGAUGUAAUUAUUUCGAUUUUAUCAACAGGUUGUACACCAAAAUAGCGCUUUUCUGGUUAAAGUUGGGAAGUCUUUCUAUACUUAGAAGACACUAUCAGAUGCUUACAGAAUUCUACUGGUGGAGAAUUUAUAGGGGAUUAGAGAGGUUAAAAAACCGUACAUAUCCCUAUUGCUGAUUAGGAGUGAUAAAAUAGAUAGUUUUAUGCCACCACGUUAACAAAGAUGUUUUUCUAAAGGGCUUUGUAAAUUUCAGUGAACUUUUUAACCACAACCCUUGUUUAACAAAUGAUUGGAAAACAUGGUCCUGUCUAGCGCAUUAAAGUCAGUAAUGAUUUCGGUUUUUUUAACAUGCAAUGCAGGUGGUAACAUUCAGAUAUUUGGUAGCAAGUGUAUAUGUGGGUGUACUAUACUAACAUAAACCAACCUACCUCUUUUGUGUUCAUCGUUAACGGAUUUUUCAUAAUCUGCGCAAAACAUUAUUAUCCGAUCACAUUCAAAGCCUAGCUGGUAGAGAACCUAUAGCUUUAUGGUUACCACAUACAUUUUAAGGUUGGUUUUCCCAACCACAUUCUGAAGUGGGUAUAAAUUCUUGUUCUGUGACUAGAAUUUUGUAUAUAUUGAUCCACAGGUAUUCGGCUAUUCACUGUACCAUUACGGUAAAAUUUAUCCGCUUUAUAUUCUAUUGUAGUUGAUUGCAUGCAUAUUUUAUGAUCUGCUGGAAUGUAUUUUCUGAGUUUUGUAUUAUUUAUUACAUCUCACGAGUCAGUUACCAUUUAUUAACUUGAAGGUAUGUAUAUCUAACUUAAUUAUAGUCGAAAAUUCGUAUACUAACUAUUUUUGGUGCUGGUCUACUUUUGGGCGCUGCAUUAGUUGUCGUCAUUCCCGAAGGCAUUGCAGUUAUUUGCAGUCCACAUAAAGAUCAACAUUCUAAUUUUAUUUCGAAUAAAGAUAACCACUUAAAUCAUCCCAAUUCACGUGUAAGUUAUGAGAAAAUCUUUUUUUUAUUAUUCACAAGUAAGUUUUGUGUGUAAAAUAACUUCUUGCUCAGUUGCUUAAUCUCUUUUACACGAUAAGCUUAAUAUUCAAAUGCUGAUUCGCUUCAUCAUAAAUGAUGACUGGAGGUUCUAUCUUGUAUUGCAACUUGAAAUUAGUUGAUUAAGGUUUAACGCCAUGAUGUAAUGGAUACGAAUCAAAUGCUAAACUUCUAGACUACAAAUUAAAGACUUGAUUUAUGCUUUGAUUGUGAAUAGUGGUAUCCUACAUCUUUAAAGUGUAACUAUGUAAUAAAAUAAAUCGGACUGACAUUAACAACUUAAGUUUUACAGUUUGAAGGUACCACAAAUUAAACUAAAAUGGUCGAUUUAUUAACGGUAUUCUAUCCAACUAUGGUGGUAAUAAACAAUUCAUACAUUCGUUGAUUCACUCACUUCCUUUACCCGAAUGAAUUUUAAGGGCUGUUCAAAGUAUAAAAAGAUCUUAUUCCUGUCACGUUAUACUUCAAAUUAAAUGAUUGAAUUCUACAACUAAUUUAAUGGAAAUCAAAUAAAUUUAUGUAAUUAUAGUAGAAAAAAAGUAAUAGGUCAAGAAUAUUAAUUUAAUUUGUAAAGGCACAAAUCAAUCGAGAAGACUUGAAAACUCAAAUGGUUUCUAAGCAAAGAUGGAUAGUGGCUAGCAGUGGAAUCCAGGACUCGCGUUUCGUCCUGAAAUUGAUCAGUCUCUUAUUGGCAUAUGUACAUACUGUGCGUAUGCCUCAAUUUCAGUCCAAAAACAUCAAUGGGAACAUUCAAGUAAAACAAUAUCAAGUGAAUUAAACUUCAACCCAUUGCACAAGCAAGUGGAUAUCAGGACUCAGUAGCUAAGUGGAUAACGCGAUGGCGUUUGAAGCGAACGGUACUGAGUUUGAGUCCCAGAGUGAACAUCAACCCUGAGAUGCAGGUACAUCCAGCUGACGAGUCCCAAACAGGACGAAACGCGAGUCCUGGAUUCCACUGCUAGCCACUAUCCAUCUUUGCUUAUAAUGCUUGUAAAUUAAGGCAAUAUCGAGGCAUACGCACAGUAUGCACAUAUGCCAAUAAGAGACUGAUCAAUUUCAGUCCAAAAACAUCAAUGGGAACAUUCAAGUAAAACAAUAUCAAGUGAAUCAAAUGGUUUCUGUUGGGAUAUUCAGGGAAAUAUCCCAAAAAUUAUCCUGUUAAGGCUAAUGCUAUCCUUGGACAUGAAAUGGUAUAAUCUUAUUGGUCAAUAUUUAUUUGACGUUUUAUUUUCCUGUUGGCCAUUAUUGUACAAUGUUAUCUUCUAUUUUAUGGUACGUUGUGGUCUGCUUGACUGGUAUAUAAACAAAGUAUGUUUGAAAUAUAAUGAUUCAUAUAUCCGAGGCUGUGACUUGUGUUCUGGACUUAACUGGCUGGGUUAGAUAGGGAAGCGGGACCAAUCGGAACCCUAGGUCGUUCUACGUGUUUGCGCGUCUUUGGUCCGAUCAAUAAUUCGCUACCCCUUAAUCAGCAGCAUUAUUUUUCACGUUAUAACAGUUUCCAAAGAAAAUAUUUCGAUCAUAUCUCAAACUUUUUAAGAGAUUACAAAUCCUUAUACGACGAUUUUCCAAACAAUAAAAAAGAAGUAAGAAAGCCUUUCGAUAAACUUAGACUAUUAAAAACUAUUACUUGUGACUAGUAUAUGAAGCAUCAGCCAGCUCUUGUUAUGUGUUGGUGAAUUGAAGGUUUGAUAAGUUAUGGUUUGCACUUGGGAUAAUUAUUUCUAAGUAAAUUUAACCGAAUCAAAGUAUCUGUUGUCUUUAAAAAGAGACUCACUAUUCUGAGAUUAUUUAACUUUAUCAUUCGUGUAAGGAAUAUUCUUUGGUGUAGAGAGUUCCUGUUAGUUUCUACAGUAUUAAAUCUACGUUAAUAGUUACUUAUUUACGCUUGUCACCCUUCAUGAAGGAACAUAGGCCGCUCACCAGCAUUCUCCAUCGAACUUUGUCUUGCGAAGUCUUUUACAGUUGUUCCCAAGUGCUAUUCAUCUUUUCGAUGUUUAUCUCCGUUUCCCGACUCAAUGUGUUCUUUAAUCUUCCUCAUUUCCUUUUCCGUUAACGAUUCCAAGUUAGAGAUUAUGUCGUAAUGUAGUUUGAUAGUUUCCGCAAUGCAUGUUCUAUCCAAUUCCAGCGUCUAUUCAUAAGAUCCAUUCAAUUAGAAGCUGGUUUGUUAUCUCCCACAGUAGACUGUUCCCGAUGGUAUUCGACUAACAGACAUUCACUAUCUUGAAUAGACAAUUGUUUAUAAAUACUCGUACUAUUUUGAUGAUGGUUGUAGUAGUUCUUCAAGUAUUUAACUAAUAAUUACACAUUUUAAUCACUAUUUUGAUGCAAUGCUAACCGGUGUUGGAGAUGGUUGGAAGAAAGUUAGGGGCGGCCAAACCAAAACGUGGUAUCAGUGCCUGAAGUCACUAACUUCUCGUGUAAGCCAUGUUGGUAGAUGCAGACUACUUGGUUGGGGUCCGCGUGACAAUCUUAACCAAUGGUUGGAGACUCUUGGUGACAUGGCUCAGAAUCGAUCAUAGUGGUGUUGGUGUAUACACUCUGUGUCUUCUCUUAAACUAAGAGAUUAAAAUCGCUUCAUAUGUUUCUUCCUACGAACCAAUUCUCUCCCUGUACUAUAUCCUUAUCUGCAAUCUUUCUUUUAUAUAUUACCACCUCUGAAUUAACUACUUUUAUGAAUCCGGUGUCCAUCUUGUUGUGUUAAUGAGGUAUGGCAACUUGGACCGAUGCAUAUAUGUGCCUGGUCCUACGUUGUAGCUGACUGGCUGAUUUUGAUGCUUACUUUUGAUUUACCAUACUAUGAAAUCGUCCACUUAGUGUACAGUCUUUUGAAUCGCGUCUUUAUUAGAAGAUACCUUUAGAAUGUUAUUUUCCUUCAUUUCCCUCUUUAUUAAUCUUCUUUUGAUCACAUUACGUUAUAUGAUUGUUUUCAUUACAUUUUUUAGAGUUUAAAUAUGAUAGAUACAAUAGAAUCAACAAAUGAAAAACAUCUUCCAUCUGUAAUAAAUAAAGACAAUGAUCAAAUGAAACAAAAAAAUAAUAUUAACAAUGAAAAUAAUCAUGCUUCAAAUGAAGAUCAUCAUUCUCAUAAUGAUAAUAAUAGUAGUAGUAGUAGUUAUAUUCAUCAAAAAGUUGGUAUUGCAUUAUUAUUAGGUUACCUAUUCAUGUUAUUAGUGGAUCAAAUGAGUUAUACCAUAUUAGAAUUGACUUGUUGUCAAACUGUAUUAUUUGGAUUAAAAAAUUUAUGUUAUCAUUCUAUAUUGUAUAUACCAUUAAUGAAUAGAUUUAAUAAGAAUAAUAGUAAUAAUACCAGUACAGUUAUCAAUAACUCAAUGAAUACAACGAACUCAACUUCUAAUAAUACCAAUAAUCUAUCCAAUGAAACAUCAAUUAAUAAUAAUAAUAAUAGUUCUAAUUGUUCAUCAAUUAAUUCAAUUCAAUCAAUUAAUCAUAAAGGACUUAUUGUUACAUGUGGUUUAGUGAUUCAUUCAUUAGCUGAUGGAUUAGCAAUUGGUUCAGCAUUUGCAUUAAAUCAAUUACAAUUAGAAUUGAUUUUAUUUUUAGCUAUUAUUUUACAUAAAAUACCAGCCGCUUUUGGUUUAUCAUGCUUUCUAUUACAUGAAGGAUUUACACGUGAUCGAAUUCGUUUACACAUGAUCGCUUUCUCACUUUCUUCACCAUUGGCUUCAUUUCUCACAUAUUUCUACCUCUCAUUAUCCUCAGCUGAUACUGUAAGUUUAAUGAUUCUUGUAAAUUAUGUUUUUUUAUUUAUGAGAAGGGGUUUUUUGGUGGAUAUUAUAGUAAUUUCUGUUGGGGUGAUCCAGAAAACUCUCAAAAGACAAGAAAGGCUCAAGAAGUAUUAAGAGGCAUCUUAUCCAAUCAGCGUUCACUUAAACAUUUAGCCAGAAACAUCAAGAAAGUGAGUUCACACGUAGAAUUUCUGAUUGGCUGAUUACUAUAGUGCUACUAUGUUUAGUAACAUUCCAGAAUUCUCGGGAAACCCAAGGACAUCUAAAAUACUAUAAAAACCCUAUAUUUUCUAUACUAAAAGGAACCUUUGGAGUAAAGUGCUUGGCACAUAUUUUGCGCCCUUUCUCUCGUGUUCAGGUCGCUGUAUAGUUCUAGCUUGGGGGUUACGAGGAUAGAUUAAGAACCGAAUACAGCGUUCAAUUAGCAAGACUUAUCAAUUUCAAUAGUUGAGAUCAUGAGUCAGUUGAAGCUAGACCACCAUGGAAAACUUGGGAGCACUGAACGGUCGUUUCGUCCGCACUCUGGGACUCCUUAGCAGUGAGAAUCCAUAAUCCCGCCACGCGAAAUUCGAAUCCAGAACCUAUCAUUCUAGCGCACGAGCGCUUAACUUCUAGAUCACUGAGUCGGUAUCCAACGGUGUUAAUGUUUAACUUCAACCAAUCCACGAAAUUGAUCCACUGUUCCAUUAUUGUGUUUUGCACGAAUUAUUCUUUAUUAUUUAUGUCUCUACUUAAUUUUUAUACUUUUCACAAUUGUUUUGUAUAACUGAAUUACAAUAAAUCGUUAGUAUUCAUCACGCAAUCGUUAGAUCAUCAUACUAAGUUCGCAUGUUUUUUGAAAAAAAAUCGAUUUUCAAUCAAAUCCCUUGUUGGCCAGGUAAAUAAUCACAAGUUCCUGUUUUAUUAUUCAUACUCAAAUCUCAUAUGAAUUAGAUCAACUAUACUUGCAUAAUCAUAACACUGUGUAUAUAUGUUGCAUGUCAAGUGAUUGAUUCAAUCUUAUUAGAUGGAAGAGGUUAUAUAACUGUAAUAAGCAAAAAUAAUUAUCCGUUAAAGUUGAAAAGAUGUAUUUAAGUAGUUACGAGACUUUAUAAGAGAAUUCAUGAAAUCUUUUAGUAAAAAAGUCAAUGUGAUAAUCGGAACAAGUAAGAAUCAAAAGAGAUGGAUAGUAACACUUCAGCAAAUGUUUUGGAAGGAAUAAUAUGAAUCAAAGUUCAAUUAUAUAUCAGUAUAAGGUUGUGGAGACUAUUAAGUUAUUGAUUGAUAUCAUGAACUGGUUGGUGUUAGAUCACCAUUGAAAACUUGGUGGCACUGGAUAGCCGUUUCGUCCUAUCGUGGAACUCCUCAGAAGUGCUCAUCCACGAUCCCGCUCGCGGGAUUUGGACCCAGAGGGCCUUCAGUCUCGCGUGCGAGCGCUUAACGUACUAGACCACUGAGCCAGCAUCCAACGGUGUUAAUGUCUAACCUCACCCACUCCACGAAAUCGUGCGACAAUCUUCUAUUGUACUGAGGUAGAUACCUGUCUUUACCCGACACGGAUUUGCUCCACUGCUCGUAGCUUCUCAUUAGAACUCCGAGAAUUCCCUCACGAAGCUAGUCACUAUUGAGCACAUGGUGAUUAUCAGUAUAGGAUUGUGGAUAUUAUUCAAUUCAAUUAUAUAAUCUACUCUCAUAUCAAUGAGAGGGUCGCACUCCUACAAUUGAAGAACAUAUGGAACUCAAAACAACUUUCAACUAAUAUCAAAGUGAGAAUCUUCAAUACGAACGUCAAGGCAGUUCUACUGUAUGGAGCUGAAACUUGGAGAACUACAACAACCACCAUCAAGAAGGUACAAAUAUUUAUAAAUAGCUGUCUACGCAAGAUACUCAACAUCCAUUGACCGGAUACCAUCAGCAACAGCCUUUCGUAGGAGAGAACAAACCAGCUUCCAGCUGAAGAAGAAAUUAGGAAAAAACUAUGGAAAUGGAUAGGACAUACAUUACGCAAAUCAUCAAACUGCAUCACGAGGCAAGCUCUAACUUGGAAUCCUGAAGGGAAGUGGAAAAGAGGAAGGCUAAAGAGCACGUUACGUUGGGAAAUAGAAUCAGAUAUGAAAAGGAUGAAUAACAACUGGAAAGAUCUGGAAAGGAUUGCCCAACAUAGCGUUGGAUGGAAAGUGCUGGUGGGCAGCCCAUGUUCCUUCACGAGGAGUAACAGGCUUAAGUAAGUAAGUAAGUAACUCUCAUAUCAAUAACUCGUAUAUAUUUACAUUUUAAAAUAUACUUCUGUUUCUUUUUUUCUUAAAGGAUAUUGAUACAGCUUCAACAAGAACAGGGAUAGCUCUUUUAUUAUCAGGUGGUACAUUUCUUUAUGUAGCAGCUACACAUAUUCUACCAGAAUUAAUCAAUUCAUCAAAUACUAGUAAUAUUAUUGAGUUAAAUACUAUCAAUGAUACUACAAAUAUUAACAAACAAAUAAGAAAUCCUAAUUUAUAUUUAUUCAAUGAAUCAUUAAACAAUACACCAGGACAUCAUGCAUUAUACACCGUAGAUAAUAGUCAUGAAUCAAUUAUUAUGUAUAAUUAUCCAAAAUCAAAUAAUGAUUAUAUGAAUCCUAUCUCACAUGUUCAUCGAUUAAGUAUCAUUGAAGUGAUUGUAUUAAUUACUGGUACAAUAAUACCAAUUCUAUUCUCUGCGAAUCAUUCUCAUUAAUGUAAGAAUGAAUGAUACUACUAAUAAUAACCUUCCAGUUUAUCAAAAAUCAAUUCAUCCAUCUAUUCAUAGUUGACUGAUUGAUUGAUUGAUUUGUAGUUAAGUUAAUUUCUCAUUCUUAUUGAUAGAAAAGAAGAAAGAGAAAAUCAUUCUGCAGGGAUUUUUUGAAUUUUUGUGAUCCUUUUCUGUAAAUCAUCAUAUUAUUUAUGUAAGUUGUUUGGGUUUCCCCCCAUUUCAAUACUGUGAUAUAAAUAUGUAUGUAUGUAUACAUGCACACACACACCAACUACAUACUGUUCUUAGUAGUUUCUCUUUUCUAAAGGAGUAGUAUAGUCAAUUAAUGUAUAUUAAUAAUUUUAUUUUGUAUAUGGAUAGAUUACAAUCAGCUCUCUUGUUUGUCUAUGGAUUAUUGUAUCUUAUUUCUGAUGCAUCAUUAAGGUUUUUGAAUAUUUCUCAAAUAAUAAUAAGAAGAAUGAUAAAUCUCGAUUAUCUUGUUUUUCUUUAUUUGGAAAAAGUGCAUAUUUAAAUUAUUCUGUUGAUUUUAAUGAAACAGGUUAAUUACCUAUAGUCAGAAAACUGUCUCCAAUUAUUAUUAACAGAUGUGUGUUGUGAGUUAUAUUUGUUGUCAAGGAAGUACAUUUCUUCAAUAUUUGAUAAUUAGGGAGCUAGCCCGAUCGUUGCUGCUACCUUGACGUGGUGGUCAGGUUUGCCUAUCGUGAUGAACCAAUCGAACUAUACACCUCGCUUUAUCCUACGGAUAUCCGUCUCAGGCGGUAAGGUCUCAACAAGUACGGAGCUAACACGAAGAUUACAAAAUGGUCGUGUGUGACCGACCCGAAGCAGUUGUUUUUUGGGCACUGUAGUCACACUCUCAGGUCACUAAGACCACCUCUAACUCAGUCUGUUUUCAGGUACCUACAGAAGAACUCUUCCACGCUGUUGUCAACCGAGAAGUGAUAACUGCCCUCAUACCUCUAACAGCAUUCAAUAUCACUGUAUUCAUAGGAUGCUAGCAUAAAAACCCAUCUAUCAAAAAAUCGAUGUUAAUUUCCCACAAAAAGACAGAUAAAAUCUAAAACUUAUAUAUCAAUUCUUGGGAAACUCGGCUUAAUUUCUUUGGAGAGUAUCAAUCAGUCAUUUUACGACAAACUUAUAUAGUUCUAUUAGUCACAUGUUUUUAAACUCAUUAAUACGACGUUUAAGGAUAUUUUCUAAUUCAGAUCCUCAUCAGGCUACACUCUAAUAUACACGGUAGUAUUUACAUGAAUAUAUGAGAAACAUUCUGGUAUGAUCAUGUGAGUUGUGGAUCUGAAUAGUGGAAAUUAACGUAUUUUCAGAUGUAAGAUAAGAUUUUGUUGGUCCAUCGGUCUUGCAAUAAAAAUACGGUAAGGUUUUAAAAUGAGUUAUUUUUAGUGACUGUUAUGGCUUUAGGUUGCUGUCGAUUUUUACCCUGUGCUAAUUGUUGUCCUUGACUGGAAGAGAUUAGAGAACAGCGUAUUUAUCGAUCGAUCCAAUGACACGUAAACACACACGGACGGCCUAGAGUCUCGAUUGGUCCCACUUCCCUGUCUAGCUCAGUUAGUUGAGUCCAGAAUACAAGUCACAACCUCUGAGAUAUGAAUCAUUAUAUUUCAAACAUACUUUGUUUAUAUACCAAUCAAGCAUACCACAUCGUACCAUAAAAACAGAAAACAACAUUUUGUACAAUAUUCAACAAGUGAACAGAUAUCGACCAAUAGAAAAUGUCCAUCUAAAGUCCAAGGACACCAUUGGACUUAACAUGAUAAUUAUUGGUCUAUUCCUCCGCAUCCACAACAGUGACAAAAAACGAAAAGGUUUAGUGAAAGUAAAUUCUAUGGGAGCGUUACAAAUAAUUACAGUGAAGUCUAUUUCGGUGUUGACUUCACAACAGAGCACGAAAGAAGUGAUAAGUUACAUUCUUUGAAUCUAGAUAUCUCUCAAUGAUGUCAUAGAAUCCGCCAAAUAUAUAGGAAAUGAGUAUGGAUUAUUCAAUGCCUGGAUAUUUAUAGCUUUUAUCCCAUAGGUUAAGAAAAUCCCUCAAGAUACACGUUAAUCAAAUUUGUUAUUCUGUGUUAUUUGUAUGUGAUAUGUGGGCGGGUUUUUGGUGUGGAAAUAUAUUUACGUUGUGGUCAGGCCAAUUACGUGUUCUUGAUUUGAGUUGUGUUGAUGUCCUGUAGAAUAGACACUAGGAGGGAAUCUAGUGUAGAUAUUCCCCUAAGGUAAAUUAACGUCCCAUAUGUGUAAACCUGAAAACCCAACGGUUAUAACACUAAGCAAAGUAAAACCGUGCGUUAUAACAUUAUGAAAUAAAGAUUUUUUAUACUUGAUGACUGCCUGAUUUUGAAUUCCAAAUACAAUAUGUUUGUUCGGGCUCAUUUAGUUCUUCUUGGUCGAAAUAGCGUUGUUUCUGGGGUUCCUAGUUUGUUUGGCAAUUCGAUAACUUCUAAUCGCUAAAUUGGUGUCACGAUAGAGCCUCUGAUGGAUUAAUUGGACAUACUUUCAGGAUUUGAUUCUUUUAUGGAUUAUAUGGAAAAGUUCGAAAUUUGAACUAUGGCUAAGGAAGAUGUUGAGGAUACUCAUAUUGUGUCUCAUUUCCUUACGUUCAUCGGAAAAAAAGCCCACAGUUCAUUAGAAACUUUUUCAUUUCCAGAAGAGCCUAUUUAGCUUCUUUAUGCAACUCCCAAAGGAACUGUGGUUGUAUUGGUCCUAACCGCUUAAUCCACAAUGCUGAACAUGAGGUAAAUGGAUAUUCAACGAUUAACACAAAAGAAGUCAACAAUGGGGAAGGCGGGAAGAAUUAAUUAAUUCAGUCGGAUGGCAUUACUCGGCCUCGCAAAUAUGGUCACCCUGUAUAACCUGUCUUUAUUCACCUUAAAUAUAAUGUUAACC